AUGUCAACGGACCGUUUGUCUUCCUGCCAAACGCUAGUGGGUGGCUGCAAUAUGGUUGAGUACAGUGACUUGUCAGCUGCACGGAGUCGAGCUGCAGAAAUUCAAGCUCAACUGGAGGCACGUCGAGAGCGCAUUGCUGCCUUGCAAAAGCAGUUGGGUACAUCUCAGCAAGACCCUCCAAAGCCAGUACCAGGUGCUCCUACUUUUGCCUCUGGUGAUGGACCCUAUGUGGCUGGAAAUGCUGUGAAACGCUUGGCUAGUGCAGUCCUUCCAGAGUUUGAAUCCAACGGUGAGAAUCAAUCAACAGUGGAGGCUCCCAGCCGUAGUGCUACUGAAGAGUACGACAGCUAUUGGAGAGUUGAACGCAGGGACCAUGAAAAGCUUGAAGAAUCUCUUGCCCGUGCAAAGCGUGCAAGGAUGGCGCCUGAUGAGGCUGAUGAGCUUUCUCACCAAAACCUAGGCACAGGGCUUUCGGGGGUGGCUCCAAAUGAGGCCAAAGGGGUGGCUCCAAUUGAGCCCAAAUCUGUGGUUGAGGAUGAGAACUCUGUGGAGGUUCCUCAGCCCCAACCCAUGGUUGGGAAACCUUUGGAGGUUGCUGAGCCCCAACCCAUGGUUGGGAAAUCUGUGGAGGUUGCUGAGCCCAAACUCAUGGAUGGGAAGUCUUCUGGGAAUGAAGGCUCAAAUACCGGUGGCAAGGACCAGCAUUUGGACCAUUCUGCAACCCAGAAAGGUGCACAAGGAGAGGGACUACAGGAGCAGGGUGAUGCUUCGGAUCCCGACUCCAUUCCUGCUGGAUAUUCUCCUUCCAGGGUAUCCCACAAGAGCUCUCGCUCAGAGAAGUUUGACAAGUUCUACUACCGGCUUCGUCGCUACUGCACGUGUGCCAACAAGAAGGGGGAGAUCAAGGCCUCGCCCGAAACCUUGAAGCUCUGGGGGACAUCUGCUGGCCAGCAGAAACUCAAGGAAGUUCUUCAAAAGCAUGACAGCUUCAAGAUUAUGGAGAUGGUUGUUUCCAAAUGGGCAAGGCAAACGGAAAGCGAUGGAAGGCGAGGUAAGUGGGUAACAAAGUCCUACUUGGCAGAAACUGAGAAGUACACAAAGCCAAUGAUUGACAACAGCUGGGCAUGGGCUACGGCUAGGGGUCUUGUCCGCAAAAAUGCUGUUCAUGGGGAAGAGGAAGCACGAUUGGUAUUAGAAGAUUGGUUUGACGGACGGAAUGAACGUGGAACCGAGCAGCGGGGUGAAGCUUCUGGGCAGGUUGAGGACACCGGUGGUGCUUUGUUUGACGCCUUCGAUGAUGAGGGCCUGGCAGGUGCUGAUGCAGCAUCUGAAGCUGCUGAGGAGGUCCGGAAGGCCAAGGCCGCUGCAGCUGCAGCAGCCUCGAGUGCCAACAAGAAGCUGGUCUUCCCGGCACUUCAGAAGAAUGACACCCCUUUUUCAAUUCUUCCACAGUGGCUCUCUGUACUGGGAAAGAAGGUGGAUUCUGCUACGACUGCCCAGGAGAAGCUUGUGGAGCGAAGGAUUCCUCGAGCUAAGGAGAUGGCUGAUGAAAUUGGGGUCAUCCUGGGACGGAUGAAUACCUACUUCAAGGAACUGAACUUGAAGCAGGCUGAGUUCAUGUCCACUGACCCUUCACAGAACUGUGAUGCCUUGAAGGCAGCUGUGGUUGACCUCUUCACGAAAUGCACGAAAGAUGAUGUCACCCUGAACAAUUACAUCACCCGUGCCAAGAACAUCAAAGCACCGACUCCAUCCACCUCGGGACGCGUGCCUGCCGCCAAGACAAAGUCGAACAAGCCUGCUGGUGUAAAGUCAAAGGAUGAACCCGAAGAGAGCUCUCGGUCCAAGACCAAGAAGAAAGCCAAAACUGGCAAGUGA